GGGAGAUCAGGGAUAGAAAGAGACAGAAAAAGGCAGACUGCGUGAGAGACAGAGUCUGCCCUGUGGGAGGAGAGUAUAUUUCCUACUCCAAAUGGCCAUUUCAUGUGCUGUGGGGUGGGUCUCUCUGUAUCUUUCUGUGUCUCUCCCUCCCUCUAUUUAUCUCUCUCUGCCUUCUUUUCUCCGGGUCUCUCUGAGAGGCUGUUUUCGUUUCUCCUCCCCCGAUCUUCAUCUGUCUUUCUCUGUCUCCUACCUUUCUCAACUCUCCAUUUUCUCCUCUGCCCCUCAUUCCUGUCUGUUCCGGUUUGUCUCCCUGGCCACUUGCUCUGCGUUUACAUCUGGCGGUCUCCUCUCUCCCCUUCCUCUAACUCUCCUCACUUUCCAGUCCCUUUGCUCCUCUCCUGACCCUCCUACUCCAUUUCUUUGCCAGCAGGAUGGAAAUGCAGGAUCCAAAGAUGAACGGAACCCUCUCUGCCAGUGCUGCUGCGGGCUACAGGCAGGAACGUGAGGGCUUCCUGCCCGCCCAUGACACUGCUCCUGGGAGGAAGCCUGUUCAGUUCAUGGAUCUUCUUCUUGCUUCCCAUCACUCCUCCUGGAUGUCUCUCCUCCCCGGUUGCCUUAACUUUCUUGCCCUUCCCUGGCUCCAGCUCUAGUCUCUUGUCCUCUGUUGUCCUCUCCCCGAUGUGUGCUGGAUUUGCCCCUUGUCAACAGUUUGAGGGGAAGACAUCAUUCGGAAUGUCCGUGUUCAACCUCAGCAACGCCAUCAUGGGGAGUGGCAUCCUGGGGCUGGCUUAUGCCAUGGCACACACGGGAGUCAUCUUCUUUCUGGCCCUACUGCUGUGCAUUGCCCUCUUGUCCUCUUACUCCAUCCACCUCCUGCUGACCUGUGCCAGUGUUGUAGGCAUCCGAGCCUAUGAGCAGCUGGGACAGAGGGCGUUUGGGCCUGCUGGGAAAGUAGUGGUGGCCGUCAUCAUCUGUCUGCACAAUGUUGGCGCUAUGUCCAGUUACCUGUUCAUUAUCAAAUCUGAGCUCCCUCUGGUUAUUGGCACCUUCCUGCACAUGGAUCCCGAGGGGGACUGGUUCUUGAAGGGAAACCUCCUCAUCGUCCUGGUCAGCAUGUUAAUCAUCUUGCCUCUGGCUCUCAUGAAACACCUGGGCUACUUGGGGUAUACAAGCAGCCUGUCUCUGACCUGCAUGCUGUUUUUUCUCAUUUCGGUCAUCUAUAAGAAGUUCCAGCUUGGGUGUGAUGUGAGUCACAACCACACAGCUGUGGAGGGUGAACAACCUCCUGUCCAGGGGUUUAACAGCAGCUGCGAGGCCAAGUUGUUCACAGUUGACUCACAGAUGUCUUACACAGUCCCUAUCAUGGCUUUUGCCUUUGUCUGCCACCCUGAGGUGCUGCCCAUCUACACAGAGCUGUGCCGGCCCUCCCAGCGCAGGAUGCAAGCUGUGGCCAACAUGUCCAUCGGGGCCAUGUUCAUCAUGUAUGGACUCACAGCCACCUUUGGAUACCUUACCUUCUACAGCACGGUGAAGGCAGAGAUGCUGGAAAUGUACACCCAGGAGGACAUGCUCAUUCUUUGUGUGCGUCUGGCUGUACUGCUUGCCGUAACCCUUACUGUGCCGGUUGUGCUUUUCCCUAUCCGCCGAGCCCUACAGCAGCUGCUCUUCCCAAGCAAGGCCUUCAGUUGGCCACGACAUGUGGCUAUAGCCCUGAUUCUGCUAAUUUUGGUCAAUGUCCUUGUCAUUUGUGUGCCAACCAUCCGAGAUAUCUUUGGGUUUAUUGGGUCCACCUCAGCCCCUAGCCUCAUCUUCAUCCUUCCCAGUGUCUUCUACCUACGCAUUGUUCCUUCUGAGGUGGAACCCUUAUCUUCCUGGCCCAAGAUCCAGGCGCUGUGCUUUGGCAUCCUGGGAGUCCUCUUCAUGGCCAUCAGUCUGGGCUUUAUGUUUGCUAACUGGGCCACAGGCCAGAGCCGCAUGUCUGGACACUGACCUGGCCUGUCCUGCCUCACUCAGUCCCCAUGUUCACAGGCAUGUACACAAGGGAGUCCAAGUCAUUUUCCUGAGUUCCUCCUGCAUAGGAUGUGGAGGUGGCUGGUCUCUAGUAACACUGCUGUUAGAGAUGGGGACAAUAGAGGCUGUAGAGUAGUUUACUUUCCUUCUCCCUAGGGUUGCCUUGCUCCUACUGCCAACUCCAUGAGUGGAGGAGGGGAGGCCAUGUCCUUAGAAGGGUUCUUGCCCAACAUAGUCCUCACUUCCUGGAUGAAGCUGUCUGUCAGGGUUAUCCUGAGGCUAAAAGGGAAGAAUAAAGAUGCUGAAUGGCAA